CUGCAUUUGUUAUUGGGGUGUUUUUAGUGUUCUUUUGGUGUUGUUUACCUUUUCCAUGGUGUACUGCAGUAGUAGAUUCUAGACAUGGAAGUGAACCAUUAUGCGAGUCAAUGUGUGAUAGCCAUUUGUCAUUUUUGCGAACAUCACGGACCAAAUGUUAUUUUUCACACCCGACUGGGAACCGAGUCUGAAAGUCCUACUAACAAACUGUCAUCAUCGCCAUCAACAUCUGUUAGUUGCGGGGCAUGCAAUCCAUUUGGAAAUGAACAUCCAGGAUUUACUAGCAAAGAACCCACAAGUGGUAAAUGUACGGUAAGCUCAAACAGGUACACUUCUGAAAUUGUAAAAAGUCAACUGCAGCAGGCAUGUUUUCGAAGUUUAAGUUCUGAGGUUAGCCCUUCCAAAGAAGGGCCAAUCUUUUUCAGUGAUUCAGGCAUAGAAAUCCAUGUCAUUUCUCACACUUUCUUCCUCAAAGACUCCUCAGCAAGAGGAUUUCAAAGAUGGUUUAGUGUCAUUGCUUUAACCUCUGAAAGUACUGUCUUAUUGAAGUUGUGGAACACCCUUGUGCCUGAGAUGAAAGAUAUCAUAGAAGAGCUUCAGAAGAUGGCAGCUGAAGUUUACAAGAGAGAAGAAGAACAGUGCUCACACAGAAUGCUGAGAAGUAAUUUCCACAUAGCUAAUGUUGGGGCAGCAAGAUCAAUGCAAGACAUCUCAGGAAAUCCAGCGAUUUUGCUCAAGUUACACAUUCAAUUUUCACGACUAGUCCUACUCGCCAAUUGUUCCCAACAUCUAGUAAAACCCAAAGUAACUGAAUCUGCGACCAGUACAAGAGAAAGUAGCAUUGCAGCAUUGGUCAGAAUCUGUCAGGAAAUCGGACCUCAUUUCAAGACCUUCGCCAAGCACAUUCUUAAGGGGGGAUGUACAUCCAUAUCUUCAGAUGAACUGUUCUUUAAAGAAAGUUGUUUUAAUGCCCUCCAGUACCUAGUCCCUGUGCAAACUACCAAGAGCUUCAUUAUUUCACAGCAUACACUACAGACCACAUCUCAGCCUUGUCUUUUGAUUUCUAAUAGAGGUCGAAAAAUCACCUGUAUACUUAACAGCUGCGAGGAGAGCAAUAAAGCGUCUUGUAUUGUAACUCGUUUGGAGAAUAUUUUGUUGGCGGAGGACGUCACGCCUUCAUUCAUCCACAAGCAGAUAACAAAUAUUCGAGAACAGUUGCUUUUUGCAGCCAAGAAAAUGCAAGAACUGAAAAGUGUGGAUCAGCAUAAGGUGCUACAGUUUUUUCAGUCUUUCGGAUAUGAUACUGGAGACCUUGACAUUCUCCACCACUGGAGCUUAUAUUGUUGAUGAAUCUGGCUCAUUUUGUUGGAUUUGAGCUUCCUUGUGUACGUUUCUUUUGUGAACAGUCAGAUCGUAUUUGACCCGGAAGCAUUUGGAGCACUUCUCGCACAUGUAAGGCCUCUCUUGACUUAAAAGAAAUAUAUAUAUAUAGUAUAGUUUCUUAGAACAUAAUAUUGCCUUAUAAAGAAUUCCAGUGCAAUACCUGUGUGUCUUGCAGUGCUUUGCCAAUCCCAAUACAUUGUUGAAUGAUU